AUUGAUUCUAAGAAAACAUAAUCAAAUGAAUUGAAAAGUCAUUUCGUCAACAACAACAAAAAAGAAGCAAUUUCUUGAUAUACUUUUCUUAUCACACUCACAUCACAAUGAAUUUUUCAACUCUCACCAUUUGUGGCUGUGAUAUGAAGAAGAAUUAGAACUCUGAUAUGAAGUUGGCAAGAAGAUAGAGUUCAAGGCUGCAGAUGAUUGGCCUUUAUUAUGUAAUGUUGGAGUUGAACGAAGAGGCUUAGUAUAACUACAAGCAAACCGAAACCUUACAGUAAGCAGUCUCAUUGCAUUGAGCUACCUUGAUCAACAUUCACAGUAAGAGAAGAAAAGAAAAUAUAAAGUUGGGAUAAUUUAUUUCCAAUGCAGAAUUUAAUUUUAUGAGAGGAACUGUAAAGGCAACAUGUCUUCUCCAAAAAUGAUACAGUAUUUUCCAACUGAAAUAUUUUUAAUUCUAUCAGCAUUAUUAGUGACCAAUGUAUAUGCUGCUAAUAUUUUGGCUUUAGUGGUGACUCCAUCUCCUAGUCACCAUAUUUGGAAUCGGGCACUCACAUUAGAAUUAGCACAUAGAGGUCAUCAUGUUACAGUAGUAACCCCAGAUCCUGAAAAGCAGAAAUAUCCAAAUUACACUGAAAUUAUUAUUGAAGGAAUGUAUGAAGAAGUUAUUGAAAAUUAUGAUUAUACAGCUAUGAGUAAAGAGAGUAUACUCCAAAAUUAUGCUUCCAUAUUUCAGUGGGGUACUGAUGGUUGUGAGAAAGGUUUGCAAUCAAAGGGAGCAAAGCAGCUCUUAGAAUUAGUGGGUAAACAAUCUUUUGAUCUUAUUAUUGUUGAGGCAGUAGUUGACGAAUGCUUUCAUGCAUUUGUACCGUUAUUUGGAUCACCUCCAGUAAUAGCAAUUACUGCUUAUAGUCUGCCUCCUUGGGCGGCAGAAAUGUCAGGUAGCCCAAAUACUCCUUCCUACAUUAAUGUUGGAAAUCUUCCUUAUCCUCAACAUUUAACAUUUAUUCAAAGAACAAUCAAUUUCAUUGUUCAUUCUUUUGUAAAAGCAUACAGAAGACUAAUUCAUUUACCAAAGCAACAUGAAAUAGCUCAAAAGUACCUUGGAAAAAAUAUUCCACCAAUAGAAGACAUAGAAAAAAAUAUUAGUAUUAUACUAUCAAAUAUUCAUUAUAGUUAUGAUUACACACGACCUUUAACACCUUCUCUGAUUCCAAUUGGAGGAAUGCAUAUAAAACCAGCUAAACAAUUGCCAAAGGAAUUACAAGAAUAUCUUGAUGAUGCCCCAGAGGGAGUGAUUUUAUUCAGUCUGGGAUCAAAUGUUCGAUCUGACAAAUUGGAUGGAGGAAAAAGAAAAAUUCUUCUAGAAGCCUUGGCACAGCUGAAACAAAAAGUUCUGUGGAAAUGGGAAUCUGAUUCACUUCCUGAUCAACCUAAAAAUGUAAAAAUCGCCAAGUGGCUUCCACAAAAUGAUAUUCUAGGACAUCCCAACACCCGUCUGUUUAUAACACAUGGAGGUUUACUAAGCACUCAAGAAGCGAUGUAUCAUGGUGUUCCUGUGGUAGGGAUACCUUUCUUAGCUGAUCAAUUCAUCAACCUUCAAAGAAAUGUAGUGAGGGGAGUGGCAGAGAAACUAGAUAUAUCCAAUAUCACACCAAAUGAAGUACUCAGUACCCUGACUAAAGUUCUCUAUGAUCCAAGCUAUAAAGAAAGAAUGAAAGUUCUUUCAAAUCAAUUUAGAGAUCGUCCUGAUACUCCUCUUAAUACAGCAGUAUGGUGGACAGAGUAUGUAAUUCGUAACAAAGGUGCAGAUCAUUUACGUUCAGCAGCUCUUGAGUUGUCAUGGUAUCAGUAUUUUCUGUUAGAUCUUCUCAAAUUAUUGAAAAGUAUUUGCUUGACAUCAUGGAAAGAAACAAAUAAACAAAAAAGAAAC